AUGCCCAACAGCAGCUCCAUCAGCGAGUUCCUCCUGCUGGUGUUGGCAGACACGCGGCAGCUGCAGCUCCUGCACUUCUGGCUCUUGCUGGGCAUCUACCUGGCUGCCCUCCUGGGCAACGGCCUCAUCAGCACAGCCGUAGCCUGCCACCACCGCCUGCACAGCCCCAUGGACUUCUUCCUGCUCAACCUCGCCCUCCUCGACCUGGGCUGCAUCUCCACCACUCUCCCCAAAGCCAUGGCCAAUGCCCUCUGGGACACCAGGGACAUCUCCUGUGCAGGAUGUGCUGCUCAGGUCUUUUUCUUUUUGUUUUUGUUUUCAGCAGAGUAUUGCAUUCUCACCAUCAUGUCCUAUGACCGCUAUGUUGCCAUCUGCAAGCCCCUGCACUACAGGACCUUGAUGGACAGCAGAGCUUGUGCCACCAUGGCAGCAGCUGCCUGGGGCUCUGGGGUUCUCAAUGCUGUAUUACAAACUGUCAACACAUUUUCUGAGCCACUCUGCCAUGGCAAUGCUGUGGAUCAGUUCUUCUGUGAAAUCCCUCAGAUCCUCAAGCUCUCCUGCUCACAGUCCUACGUCAAAGAAAUUUGGCUUCUUGUGGUCAGUGCCUCUUUAGCCUUUGGGUGCUUUGCUUUCAUUGUUGUGUCAUAUGUGCAGAUCUUCAGGUGUGUGCUGAGGAUGCCCUCUGAGCAGGGACGGCACAAAGCCUUCUCCACGUGCCUCCCUCACCUGGCUGUAGUUUCCCUCUUUCUCAGCACUGCCAUGGUUGCCUACCUGAAGCCGCCCUCAGUUUCCUUCCCAUCCCUGGACCUGGUGGUGUCAUUUCUGUACUCAGUGGUUCCUCCAACACUGAACCCCAUUAUCUACAGCAUGAGGAACCAGGAGCUCAGGAAUGCAGUGAGGAAAAUGAUGUCAUGGUCACAUUUCAGCAGGGAUAAACUUCUCACCUGUCUCCACAAAUGACUCCCACUCUGUCCCAUAACACACCUAUAAC